UGAGAGAUGCGUCAAGUGGCAUUAAAUAUCAGAAAGUUACGGUAUACUCACUUGGUAUUGGAAAGAACGUUGAUCAGCAGCAGCUAGAAGAUAUUGCCUCUUCAAGUAGCAAAGUAUUUGUUGCUGAGAGUUUUAAGACACUUGCUCCUUAUGCACAGACAAUUGUGCAGAACUCGUGUCCUGCUUCAGCUAAAGAUGCUUGUGAGAUAUUUCCUUGUAAGGCACCCCACAACAUCGGUUGUAGAGUGGUUGACGAUGAAUCAGAGUGUAUCUGUCCAUCCUGCCCUGCUUCUUCCAGUCCAGUAUGUGCUACUGAUGAUGUACAAGACAUAAGUGAGUGCUUUACGAAGAGACAGGCCUGUCUCACUUCAACUCCAAUAAAUAUUGCCACGAGGGCUCCGUGUGUGCCCGACUGCAGAAAAGCCGCAGACAUCGCCUUUAUAGUGGACUCUUCUGGAAGCAUUGGUAAGACGAACUGGGAACGAACAAAACGAUUCCUGAAAAGAAUGGUCAACAAACUGGACAUAGGAAUGUCCACCACCCAUGUUGCUGUGAUCACUUACAGCAAUAAUCCCCAAACCAUCUUGCGUUUCGACACUCUCCAAGGAAGUAGUCUCAGCGUGGCAGGGGUCAACAAUGUUUUGGACGGUUUGCAGUGGCAACGAGGAAAAACUUACAUUGACAAGGCUUUAGAUGCAGCCGUAAACGUAUUUACCACAGGGCGAGGCAUGAGAACAAACGUACCCAAGAUGGCUUUUGUCAUAACGGACGGUAAACAAACUAAGACGGGAUCCUACACCCCCCUAAGAAGAGCUGCAGAUCCUUUGAGGAGAAAGGGAGUUCAACUGGUUGCUAUUGGAGUUGGCAAUAGGAAUGCUGUGGAUACCCGAGAACUUUUGGAGAUCGCUGGACAAAAUAACUAUGUUUACCUCAUAGAGUCCUUCGAAGAAUUACAGAAUCCAGGCCAAGCAAGAAUUUUUAGGCAGAGGAUUUGCCAAGGUAAGAACCAAGUCUUCUAUGCUUCAUUCAACGUUAGUUUCAGUCAAAUGACCGCGUGGCCUUUAGCUGCUGGUGCUUAUAUCCGGUUUCUGUAGCCGAAGCAACCAAAG